UUGGCGUUUCAUAAUUGGUUCUAAUUCAUAUUGCUAUUGGAGUGGAGUUUGUUUCGCAUAAAAUAAUAGAAAAACUAAAUUCGUUAAAAUGAAGUAUAAAACGCUACUAUGCAUUACUGUAAUCCUUACAUACUACAAUAUAGAAGCCCAGAAUCGUGCUAAAGGACUCGAUGAGAAAGUCCAACAACUGACGGAUAUGACAGCAAAACACUCAAUAAUACCAUUGAAUUUAAACAAGUUUAAAGAUUUUGUGAAGUCUCCACCCAGGGACUAUUCCUUCAUAGUGAUGUUUACAGCGAUGGCACCUUCCCGGCGGUGCACUAUAUGUCAACAUGUGUAUGAUGAAUAUGUGGUCGUGGCCAAUUCAUUCCGUGUCUCGCCGUCUUACAGUGACAAAUUAUUCUUCGGAAUGGUUGACUUUGACGAAGGUUCAGAUAUUUUCCAGAUGCUACGAUUGAACACAGCUCCAGUUAUUAUGCACUUCCCUGCGAAAGGGAAGCCUAAACCCGCCGAUUCCAUGGACUUUGAAAGAGCAGGUAUCCACGCUGAAGCAAUAAUCAAGUGGAUCCAGGACAGGACUGAUAUUCAGAUCCGUGUAUUCCGUCCACCAAAUUACUCUGGUGCUGUUGCAUUUGCGAUGCUCUUCAUAUUACUAGCUGGAUUUUUAUAUCUUAGACGUAACAACCUUGAGUUCCUAUACAACAAACAAAUGUGGGCGAUUAUUGCCGUUUUCUUCUGCUUCGCCAUGGUGUCAGGACAGAUGUGGAACCAGAUUCGUGGACCACCAUUCUUUCACAGAACUAAGAAUGGACCGGUUUAUAUUAAUGGAGGUUCCCAUGGCCAGUUUGUAUUGGAGAGCUACAUUGUAGCGAUAUUGAAUGGUGCAGUGGUUGUAGGAAUGAUUUUGAUGAUAGAAGCAGCAGGUGGAGUGAAAGGAACAGUUGUUGCUGCUCUUGAGGGAAAGAGACGGCGUUUCCAAUCUGUCGUCGGAUUGGUAUUAGUAUGCGUGUUCUUCUCGCUACUCCUCUCUGUAUUUAGAGCUAAAACUCAAGGCUAUCCAUAUAGCUUCCUCUUCAAAUAAAUAAAUGAAUAUUUAAAUCACAGAUGUCAUGUGUGCAAUUGAAAGUGUGUGAUGAAAUAUUAUAAUUUUAAUUAAGGAAAUGAAACUACUAUUUAUUUAUGUGUCCAUUUCAUAAACAUUGUAAAUAAAU